AUGACUAACAUUGCAGAAGUGAAAACGCGACUUGGUAAAGAAAUUCGACAGAAACGAGCGGAAAUAAACAAACUCUUAGACAAUCUUGAAAAACAAAUCAUUAAAGAUCUUGAAGAGAAGGAAUAUCAAAGUAAGAAGAGUAUUCAAAACGUGUUAUCAUCUGUCAAAGAAAAAGAAACCAUGGUAACUCAAUGUCAGAUUACUUUUCUAAGCAUCAAACAAUAUGCAUCCAAUCUUCAAACAUUUCUUGGAAUUAAUGAAAUUGAGGUAAAAGUUUAUGAAAAUGAACAGUAUCUGCAGUCAUUGAAAGAGGCAAACAGUUUGGAGCAAAUUGGUCUAGUGUGGAAGGUUGAUCCAGUUUCUGAAACUAUUUCAAAAUUCUUUGGAUCAAUUGAAAUGACAAAUCAAACAAGCAGCCUUGGGUUCAUUAGUUCGAAAAAUAAGCAAGCGCAGAUACAAGUAGUGACAACGAAAAAGACUAGUAUUAACGAUGUGAAGUUGAUUCUACAGAAGGAGAUAACAAUAUACGGACAACACACUAAGGGUUGUUGUAUGUCAAAAGAAGGGGACUUUUUGUUCACAGUUCAUUUUUUCCAAAAAUCGCUCAUCACCAUUGGAUCAAAAAACAAACUCAAACAUAAAAUGAAACUAGGUCCUAGUUAUGGGUUUGACAUAACACUGAUAGACGAAACAACAAUUGCCAUUUCAGAUGGGAAUUCAGGAAAGAAGUUCGGUAUUGAUAUCAUAGAUAUCAAGAAUCAACGCAAAAUAAAUUUCAUCGAACUUCCUGGUCGCACAUGGGGAAUCGCGCGAGACCACGACUCGCUGUUUGUUUGUGUAGACGGACGUGGUAUAUACAAAGUAAAUACCUCGGACUAUAUAACAUCUCAUGUGAUCAGUUGUAAUUUACCGAUGCAUUCUUACGUAGCUGUCUUCUCCGACAAGAUAUACUACACUAAUCCCGAAGACAACAGUGUAGUUUGCUAUGAUGAAAACGGAUCACGUGUUUGGACUUUUCAAGAUGAACUUAUUUUGAAUGAACCGGAAGGUAUGACUGUUGAUAAAAAUGGAAACGUGUAUGUUGUUGGAUUCGGCUCGAACAAUGUAAUUAUCAUAUCAAGCGAUGGAAAGCAUCACAAACAAGUCCUGCCCAGAGAUAACGGUCUAUCAUCUCCAUCUGCUAUUUUCCUUGAUGCAGAGAAAAAAAAACUGCUUGUUGCAAAUACCGAGAAAACUGCGUUCGUUUACAAUAUUUCGUGUAAACUAUUACAAAUAAAAUGCCCGUUCCAACAUUUGUGA